AAAAAGUAAUAGCAUCCACCUAAAAAAAUCUACACUAUAAAUCCAAAUAAAAUCUCAUAAAUUCACAAUCCAACAUAUCAUCAUCAAAAUCAUAUAAGUAGUUAAAUAAAUUCAAUGUUAAUAAGCAUAUAUCAUCAUCAAAUUUCUCCAUGAUAUCUUAUCACCCACAAUAAAUCAAAUUAAUUAAAAUCCCUAAUUUCUAAACAAAAUUCACUAUAAAUUUCUUCCUCCUCCUCUUCAUCUUCCACCUUCUUUUCUUUCUCUCUUUUUUCACCCAAAAAAAAAAACUUAAAAAGAGAGAAAGAAAAAAGGGAUCAUCUAUAUAUCCAUGAAGUUUCUUUUUGAAUAUGUUACUUGUUGCACUACCUUCACAAAUACAUUUGCAUCAUCCGAAGAAGAGGAGUUUUCGUCGCAAUCACUUGUCACUUCGACGCCUACGUUGUCGAUUCGUAGGCGUCGGAAACGACCGGUGACGAGAAAUUCUUCGUCAUCGUCGGCGGAUUGGAAACCGUCACUUUUUGCAAUCUCAGAGGAUAAUCCGAUUUUGGCUACGCCGCAAAAGCCGCCGCCGGUUAACCGUAAAAAAUUAACGCCGGUGAUUACUCCUAGAAAUGUUAAGCGCAGUGGUUCUUCUACGGUUCAGGUCAAUGCCGGUUCUCGGUCUCAUGAUUAUGGGAGAGAUCCUCUUCCAGUGGCGUUGGCAGCAUUUACAGUAGCUCCAUUUAUGUUUUGAUUGAUUAACUUUUGUAAAGUUAUUAUCGUUGUGAAAGUUGCAAUUAAAAAUGAAUUCCAUGGAUAAAUGGCAAAUCUUAUUGUGAAA